AUGGCAAAUACGUUAGAUGGCGCAUCUGCCCAUGAUGCUCGCCUUCCAGGUAUAGGCGACGUAAAGUCCUGGAAGGUAGACGACCUUCGAGUCGCGCAAAUCAAUGUCAAGCAAGCGCGCAAGCGUGUGCUCAAGCUGAGCAAGCACAUGGUCAAGAUGCGACAGCAGUGGCAUGUUGUUGCGAUUCAGGACCCUCCGCCGGAUCUGCCAUUCCUUGGUCGUAACUUCAAGCAUUUCAGAUUGAUCUACCACACGGAGGGUGGAGUAGAUCUCAACGCAUACAACAAUCCUCAAAUGCGGCCCAAGUUGAAGCCAAAAUCUCGGGUGAAGCGCGACAAAGACUUGGGGGACAGUUGCAAGGAAAAACCGCUCUACAAAGUUGCAUUUUUAGUGCACAAGGCGAUUCCCGAAGCCGACUACAGCAUUGACUGGCAUCACAACGAGAAGAACGAAAAGCUUCUCGUUACUCUGAGGCUCAACACAGCUUUGCUCGCGCCAAUCUUCAUACACAAUGUUUACAACCACCCUAACGGAUCGCGAGGCAGUCUGAACAUCGAGAACCUACUCCACUUGUGCACUAUCAAGGGAUUGGUCCUAUUUGUGGGAGACUUCAAUCUGCACCACCCCCUAUGGAGUGGGAACAGUCUUGCUGCUGGUCGCAUCACUGAUGAAUCGAGGAAUUUGGCAGCAGGGUUCACGGCGGCUAACUAUAGGUGUCUUUUGGAUCCAGAAGUCAUCACGAGCACGUGGUCCCGCUCAGAUCAAUCUGGUUCCAGCGAGUCAACCAUUGAUCUGGCCUUUGCGUCGGAACCACUCCAGUAUCUUGUUCGGUCCUACGUGAAGCUCGACGGCGUCAAGGGCUUCGAAUCGGACCAUCGGGUUUUGGAGACGACCCUCAGAGUACAGCCUAAUCGCCGGACUGAUUGCCGCUAUCGCUGGCAGGAGGUGACGCGUGCGGCCUGGCGCGCUGAAGUCGGGCCAAAGCUGAAGGGAAUUGAGUCGCUUCCGUUGAACACCGAGACCGACCUCGACCGAUUUUUCGCCGAGGCAGACAAGAUUCUCCAAAAUGGGAGAGACAAGCUCGUUCCUAAGAGCAGGCCUCCCGACAUCAGCACCAGAGUCAGGCCUUCUGAUCCUGCAGAUCGAGCUCCGGGCAGGACAAACAAGUUCCAGGAUCAAGAGAACCGCAACGACAAUCGAGAGGCCUCCUCCCGCAAGAACAAGGCGCCAGGCGCGGCCGCUACGCCUCAGAGUGCACCCAGUAACCCGGAAGCUUCGCCCACAGAGACGCGCCACCAGCGGACCAAGAACUGGCGCAUGUAUUUGGCUGAUCGGAAAAAGUGUAUUCACAAGCUGGCCUGCCUGGCCAUUCGACUGGCGGAGGCAUCUCCUAAGACGGAUAUUCCUGACUUUGAGGAACACGGAAAGUAUUACCAGACGGUUGACGAGAAGGCUGAGCUGCUGGUGCGCAAGCUUUGGCCUGAUUCCAGUGAAGCCACCGGGCAGCCACCCGCACUGGAACUUCCUGAUCUUUCAGGUGAGAUCAACAGUGAAGACACGGCGCUCAUGAAUCUCAAGCCUGGAGAGCUGGCCGACACGGUCCGCCGUAUGCCUGCUCAUAAGGCCGAGGGAAAGUCCGGUAUAUCUAUCGACGCACUGAAGAUGCUGCUGCCCUCGAAAGAUGACGACGAAGACCUCCUGACGAAUGUCUUUGAGCGGCCUCUGCAAGCCUGUCUCAAGUUAUGCUAUCACCCAAACAGGUUCAAGGAAGCGAUUACGGUCAUGAUCGCAAAGUCUCACAAGGACCCGAAACUUCCGACAAGCUAUCGGCCCAUCGCCCUGCUCUGCCCCAUAGCCAAGAUUUUGGAAAAGCUGUUCGCAGUCAGACUCACGCGUUGGCUGCUGAACUCCGGCGUACUUCCCUUCGAACAGUAUGGGUGCCAAGGGAGAAACACCACCCAAGCUCUCGAGUCACUCAUCAACGCUGCUUACAACAGCUGGACUGAUGGCGACAAGGAUCGCUAUGUGUCCAUUUACGCCCUUGACAUCAAGGGCGCGUUCGACCGCGUUCGCCGUGCGCACUUGCUACGGAUCCUGAGGGAGUAUGGCGUUCCGGACUGGAUGAUCAUGUUCGUCUGGUCGUUUUUGUCUGACCGAAGCACAACCGUCCGCAUGCAGGGAGCAAUGUCGAAGAAGUUUUGGGUGAACAUCGGCAUCCCGCAAGGAAGCCCUCUGUCCCCCAUUCUCUUUCUCUUCUUCUCGAUCCCUCUGCUCAACAAGCUCAUAAGGGAUAAAGGAUUGGUCUCUAACGAAAACGCUGUUCUGUACCAACUGAAGCGUUUUCUGAUUGCCGCAUUUGUUGACGAUAUCACCUUCUUAAUCGUCUCCGACUCCGUCGAGAAGAGCAACAAGGCCGCAGAAAAGUUGUACAACGCCUUGGUUGACUUUGCAAAAAAGGAUGGCACCACAUUCUCCGCUGAUAAGACACAAGUGAUACAUCUCUGUAGGGCAGGCCAGAAAUUCAACGACAGCAUGCCUAAAAUCAAAGAUGCUCCUCCGAAGGCAGAAAAGGCCAUCAAGAUUCUCGGGCUCUGGCUGGAUUAUCGUCUGACAUGGGAAACGCACGUGACAAAGAUUGUGAACAAGGCCCGGCUGAAAAUGUUCAACCUACGUCGCAUUUCUGGGUCAACUUUUGGCCCAGGACUCAAGAAGCUUCUGGCCAGAUACACUAGCGCUAUUCUCCCCAUCAUCAGCUACGCAUGUCCUGUUUGGUUCGCGGGGUAUGACGAGAGGAAGUACACCGAAUCUGGGAAACCGCCGGGUGCCAGGUGCCGGUUCUCGAUCAGUGCCAAGCUUGUCAACAGGCUCGAGAGCGAGCACAACUACUUCUUGAAGCAACUGUCUGGGGCUUAUGCCAUGACCACCGGCUUCAUCCUCCUCAAGGAGCUCGCAGUGCCAACGAUUGCUGUUUACCUAACCAGGCUUGUGCGAACCUACUGGGCUCAGGUCCUGGAGACGCGGUACGAGGGCAAGUUGCUGAAGCCCAGUGGGGAUUACCCGGACCAACACCCUUAUGUGCUUGCCGCAACUGAUGCCCACAGCAAGGUUUUGCAACCGGCAAAAGAACGGCUCGAGCUGGAAAAGCCGGUCGACGAGGGUGCCAGGUACAGGAAGCUCAGACGACUCAUCAAGUCCAUUGCAGACGACCUCGUCACAGACCAGAUGCAGACGGAUUGGGGCGUGUUUGUCGACAUACGCAGCUGCGAGAAUCGGUACUUCAACAAGCUCCCUCCAGCCCUCAGAGGGACGUGGGGGAAACAUAACUUCAAGAUCUACGAAGACUUGCUCAAGGCUCAGAGCACUAUCCUGCUGCAUUGCCGGACGGGUGUCAAUGGUCUCAACGCAUGCUUGAAUUUCAUGUCUUUCAAGCUGGCCCCCAGCUCUGCCUGCCCCUGCGGAGCCCGUCCUCACGACGCCAGGCACCUCUUCAUGGAAUGUCCCUUGUUGGCCGCCCCGAGGAAGCACCUGAAGGCCGCCAUGCAUGUCUUCUGUUUCCACGUCCUGGUCACCGACUACCCCGAGCUGGCUGCCAACUUCGCGAUCCGAUACUUUUCGCUCGAGCAGUUCGCAUGGACGGCAAAACGCCUCGCCAACCCUGACUUUGGCAACCUGCCAACGGGGGGGUCUUACGCUGGGGCUGGGGGAACAACAUCGCUGUCCAUCAGGCCGAAAGCUAGAUAG